UUAUGGUUUAGUAGCAAGAUUAUCAGAUAUUGUUUUUGUUGUUGGGCAGGCGGAGAAAACCGCAAUUAACUAUAAAAAACAAUGUGUAUUAUUAUAAUGAUUAUGAAAGAGACGUGAGGAGGGAAACUCAUCAAAAGGUAAUUAGUAAGUAACAAGGCAAAAGAUUAUAGGAUUAAUGAUGAUGAUGAUAAUGGUGGUGGGUUUUUGCUAAUUGCUAUGUUAGUGGAAGAUAUGGUUAUUGGUGUUAGCUAAUAGAGUGGCUUCUAAGACAAGACAUAUCAAUUAAUACAAAGCAAAAGGAGAAAAAGCCAGAGUUUUUUUUGGCUUGCUGUGAGACAAAUACUAAUUAAACAUUCUUCUCUGCAUUAUUCUCAUACUUUUCACUCAUUUCAUCCAAGAAAUGAGGCCGGCCUGCAAUUGUUGUGCCUCUGUAUUGCUUUGACUAAAGGGUAAAAGAACGUUUUGGUUUUUCUGUCUAUAGCAGGCGAGUUGGUUUUGUUUUUUUGACAUUGGUCUGCAGCUGAGAUAUUGCAGCCAUGGCUGCUUCUUCUUCUUCUUCUUCUUCUUCUUUCCGGUUAGGCCUUUUUUUGUUUCUUGCUUUCUUUAGUUCAAGAAUUCAUUUCAUCUUCUCAGUUACAGACCCUCGUGAUGCUGCAACACUCCAAUCUUUGAAGGAUUCAUGGUUAAAUACUCCUCCAAGUUGGGGUAGUGGCGAUCCAUGCGGAACACCUUGGGAAGGAGUUACAUGCAAGGAUUCAAGAGUUACUGCAUUGGGGUUAUCAACCAUGAGCCUUGCAGGGAAGCUUACUGGUGAUAUUGGAGGAUUAACUGAACUUAUAUCCUUGGACCUGUCGUAUAACCCAGAGCUCACAGGAUCUUUGACUCCACGAUUAGGAGAUCUGCGAAACUUGAACAUCCUAAUCCUUGCUGGCUGUGGUUUCACCGGUAGUAUUCCAAAUGAGCUAGGAAAUCUUGCUGAGUUAUCCUUCUUGGCCCUGAACUCAAACAACUUGACUGGUAUUAUCCCACCUUCUUUGGGUAAGCUCUCCAAUGUCUACUGGCUGGACCUGGCAGACAAUGAAUUGACAGGACCUAUCCCAAUUUCAACACCUGCCACCCCGGGCUUGGACCAGCUUAAAAAGGCUAAGCACUUCCAUUUCAACAAGAACCAACUUUCAGGUCCCAUUCCCUCUCAACUUUUCAGCUAUGAUAUGGUACUGAUACACGUAUUGUUUGAUGGAAAUCAACUCAAUGGAACUAUCCCAUCCACAGUAGGACAAGUUCAGACCCUUGAGGUUCUUCGACUCGAUAGAAAUGCGCUUACAGGAAGAGUCCCAACAAAUUUGAACAAUCUUACAAGCCUCAUUGAACUGAAUUUAGCGCACAAUCAGCUGACAGGCCCUUUACCAAACUUAACUGAAAUGAAUAGCCUCAAUUAUUUGGACCUUAGCAACAACUCUUUCUUGACAUCAGAAGCUCCUGCAUGGUUCUCAACCUUACCAUCCCUGACCACAUUGGUUUUAGAACACGGAUCACUUCAAGGGCCUUUGCCAUCAAAAAUCCUCAGCUUCCAGCAGAUACAGCAAGUGUUACUGAAAAACAAUGCAUUCAGUGGUCAACUAGACAUGGGUGAAAGCCUUGGUCCACAACUUCAACUUGUUGAUCUGCAGAAUAACAACAUUUCCUCUGUAACACUGACUGCUGAUUACACAAAUACACUAAUACUUGUAGGAAACCCAGUGUGCAAUGCUCUCUCAAAUACUAAUUACUGCCAACUCCAACAGCCAAGCACAAAGCCUUACUCCACUAGUCUGGCUAACUGUGGAAAUACACAAUGUCCUGUUGGACAGAAGCUCAGUCCUCAGAGUUGCGAAUGCGCCUAUCCAUAUCAAGGGACAAUGUACUUCAGAGCACCUUCCUUCAAGGACUUGACCAAUGCAAAUAUUUUUCAUUCACUAGAGAUGACACUUUGGACAAAAUUGGAGCUUACUCCUGGUUCAGUUUUUAUCCAGAACCCCUUUUUCAACGUUGACGACUAUCUGCAGGUGGAACUUGCUCUAUUUCCCCCAACUGGGAUAUAUUUCAAUAGGUCUGAGGUUAUAAAGAUUGGGUUUUACUUGAGUAACCAAACGUACAAGCCUCCUAAAGAUUUUGGACCCUAUCUUUUCAUCGCAUCUCCUUAUCCUUUUCCAGAUGGACAUAAAGGAAAGUCUAUCAGCUCUGGUGCAAUUGCUGGGAUAGGUGUUGGCUGUGCCCUUCUAGUUCUUAGCCUUUUUGGAGUAGGCAUAUAUGCUAUUCGACAAAAGAAGCGUGCAGAAAAGGCCCUCGGUUUAAGUAGACCAUUUGCAUCUUGGGCUCCAAGUGGCAAAGAUAGUGGAGGUGCACCACAAUUGAAGGGAGCAAGAUGGUUUUCUUAUGAUGAACUUAAAAAGUGCACUAACAACUUCUCUGAAAGUAAUGAGAUAGGUUCUGGAGGCUAUGGAAAGGUUUAUAGAGGAUUGCUUGCUGAAGGACACAUAGUGGCAAUCAAAAGAGCCCAGCAAGGAUCAAUGCAAGGUGGGCUCGAGUUCAAAACUGAAAUUGAGCUGCUAUCAAGAGUACAUCACAAGAACCUUGUAGGCCUUGUUGGUUUUUGUUUUGAACAAGGAGAACAGAUGCUGGUGUAUGAAUAUAUGGCCAAUGGAACACUCAGGGAGAGCCUGUCAGGAAGGAGUGGUAUUCACCUUGAUUGGAAAAGGAGACUGCGCAUUGCUCUUGGCUCGGCUAGAGGGCUAACGUACUUGCACGAGCUUGCAGAUCCUCCUAUAAUUCACAGAGAUGUUAAGUCCACCAAUAUUCUGCUGGACGAAAAUCUAACUGCAAAAGUUGCAGAUUUUGGUCUGUCUAAGCUAGUAUCAGACAGUACUAAAGGGCAUGUUUCAACUCAAGUUAAGGGCACCCUGGGUUAUCUGGAUCCCGAAUACUACAUGACUCAACAAUUAACAGAAAAGAGUGAUGUGUACAGCUUCGGAGUAGUAAUGCUUGAGCUAGUAACAGCUAAACAGCCAAUUGAGAAAGGGAAGUACAUUGUUCGCGAAGUGAGAAUGGCGAUGGACAGGAAUGACGAAGAACAUUAUGGAUUAAAAGAAACAAUGGAUCCUGUCAUUAGAAACGCAGGUAAUCUUGUUGGGUUCGAAAAGUUCUUGGAAUUAGCAAUGCAAUGUGUAGAAGAAUCAGCAGCAGAACGUCCAACAAUGGGUGAAGUAGUAAAGGCAAUAGAAACCAUAUUACAAAAUGAUGGAAUGAACACAAAUUCAACGUCAGCUUCUUCUUCUGCAACUGAUUUUGGAGCUUCAAGAAAUACAUCGAGGCACCCUUAUAAUAACAAUAAUAACAACAACAACAAUAAUAAUAAUAAUAAUAAUAAUAAUGAUCAUCUGCCUAAGAAAGAUGUGAAUGACUUCAAUGCCUUUGAUUACAGUGGAGGAUACUCACUUCCAGCCAAAGUAGAGCCCAAGUAACACCAUGACUAUCUUCUAUAUAAUUUUUCCAAUACAAAAUCUUUCUUAUAGGCAAUUUAUAUAUAUAAUAUAUAUUAUAAGAUCGUUCUUGAUUAGAGUUUUUGGUCAGUUUUUUUUUUUUGUCUAAUUAAAAUGGCUCUGUUAGGAUUUAUCUGAUAAAGAACAUGCAGGAGUGAGUGUGAGAUUUGUGUUGUAACUAAAAUUCUGAGAUUAUUAUCUUGAGAAACCCCAAUGAGAAUAUUCAAAUGUAACUUGAAAUUCCUUCUU